AAUUCAAAAGCUCAUGCUAGCCAACUCUACACCACAAGUUGGGGUAAACUCAGAAAUUACACCUACAGUGGGUACACAGGCCCUUAUUAUCAAGCAUUCCCUACCCCCAAUCAUGCACCUCUUCCUUUUUGUUUACCCCUCAUAAUAUAUUCGGAGCUAAACAGCACCAUUUCCAUCACUCUCUCUCUCUCUCUCUCUCUCUCUCUCUCUCUCUCUCUCUCUCUCUUCUCUCUUCCAUCUGUUGAAGUUUCAAUCAUGGUUUUGGUUGAGAGCCAUGGUGAGAAAGAUGGUGCAAAUGAUGGAGCUGUGGUUGAUUUCCGGGGAAAUCCGGUGGACAAGUCGAAAACCGGUGGAUGGUUUGGUGCAGGGCUCAUCUUAGGAUCUGAGCUCUCUGAGAGGAUAUGCGUGAUGGGCAUAUCAAUGAACUUGGUGACAUACCUAGUAGGAGAUUUACAUAUCUCAGCAGCAAAAUCUGCAACCAUUGUUACCAACUUCAUGGGCACUCUCAAUCUGCUCGGUCUCCUUGGAGGGUUCUUAGCUGAUGCCAAACUCGGCCGAUACUUGACCGUCGCACUCUCGGCUUCCAUAACUGCUCUGGGAGUGAUUCUAUUAACACUGGCUACAACAAUUCCCAGCAUGAGGCCUCCUUACUGUGAUGACUACAGAAGGCAGCAUCAUGAGUGCAUCGAGGCAAACGGCCGGCAACUUGUUUUGCUGUAUGUGGCACUAUACACGACAGCACUUGGUGGUGGGGGAAUAAAGUCUAAUGUAUCCGGUUUCGGCUCCGAUCAGUUUGAUGUGACAGAUCCCAAGGAGGAGAAGGCCAUGAUAUUUUUCUUCAACAGGUUCUAUUUCGGCAUCAGCAUUGGGUCUUUGUUUGCUGUGAUUGUGCUGGUGUAUGUUCAAGACAAUGUAGGAAGAGGGUGGGGAUACGGAAUCUCGGCGGGAACGAUGGUGAUUGCGGUGGCGGUUUUGCUCUGUGGAACACCGUGGUACAGGUUCAAAAAGCCUCAGGGGAGCCCUUUAACUGUCAUAUGGAGGGUUCUAUUCUUGGCCUUGAAGAAAAGAAAUCAGCCUUAUCCUCCCCACCCGAGCCUUUUGAAUGAUUACGAAAACCUAAAGGUUCCCUACACCCGAAGAUUCAAGUGUCUCGACAAGGCCGCAAUCCUAGACGACAAUUGUGCCCCCAACAUGCAGAAAAACAACUCAUGGAUGGUCUCGACCGUGACACAAGUUGAGGAGGUAAAAAUGGUCAUAAAACUACUCCCUAUUUGGUCCACAUGUAUACUCUUCUGGACCAUCUACUCCCAGAUGACUACUUUCACAGUCGAGCAAGCCACCAUCAUGCACCGAACAGUUGGUUCUUUUGUAAUCCCGGCAGGUUCUUUCUCUGCUUUACUCAUCAUCAGCAUCCUCCUCUUCACUUCCCUAAACGAAAAAGUCUUCGUUCCCUUGGCUCGAAAGAUCACCCAUAAUCACCAAGGAAUCACAAGCCUGCAGAGGAUUGGAAUUGGACUAGUUUUGUCAACAGCUGCCAUGGUGGGGGCUGCAAUUGUUGAGAAACAGAGAAGGGAAGUUGCUGUUAACAAAGGAGUCAAAAUAAGUGCCUUUUGGCUACUUGUUCAGUUCUUCCUCGUCGGUGCCGGAGAAGCUUUUGCUUAUGUCGGACAGCUCGAGUUCUUCAUUCGAGAGGCACCGGACCGUAUGAAAUCCAUGAGCACAGGGCUUUUCCUGAGCACCAUUUCGAUGGGAUUCUUCGUGAGCAGUUUGCUAGUGUCGAUCGUCGACCAUGUAACCAAAAGGAGCUGGCUUAGGAACAAUCUGAACAAAGGAAAGCUAAACAACUUCUAUUGGUUACUUGCAGUGUUGGGGUUGUUAAAUUUCUUGGUUUUUCUGAUAUUUACAUCAAGACACCAGUACAAGAUGCAGCUACCGAUUAAGCCCGAGUCCGGAGAGAAGGAACUUAAGAGCUUGAACGAUGAAAUGAUCGAAGACUCGGAGAAGAAAGCAAGUAUUCAGGCAGUGGGAGAUGUAGAGCCAUAGCGUGUAUGUGUAUGUUGAAGAGGGAUUGUAUGAAUGGUUAGACAAUAUAGUACUGUUGCUAUUUGAGCUUUGUUAAAAGCAAGAGAAUCAUAUCUGUGUCGUGUGUAAUUGUAAGGUGAUUAUUCAAUUAUUCUUUCUUCUGCCUGUGCAA